GCGAGAGGGGAAGGGGGCGGAUGCGGGCUCUGGGGCCGGGUUGGCGCUGCUGGGGCUGCGAGCGGAGGAAGAUGAAGCUGCUGGCGGCCGCGGCCUUGCUGGGCCUGGGCGGCUCUCUGCUGCUGCUGCUCUUCCCGGCUACUCACGCGGAGGAGCGCAAGAAGGGGCCCAAGGUCACGGCCAAGGUGAGCGGGGGCGGGGAAGGGGGGGGCUUCUGCGCAGCCCCCUCCCCCUUGCACUUCUCUGCAGGGUGGGCGCCCCCCUGUUGCGCUUGCACCCCUCUAUUCUGCAGCAGCAGAAGCCCUCUAGCCCGAUUCUGUGCAAUAAUAAUAAUAAUUUAUUUGAUUUUUCUUAACAUGAUAAUUGCUGGAAAAGCCUAAAAGGCGAUUUAUGGCCAGUGCACCCAGGGAGCGGGGAGGUGAUUUUUCUUCUCUUAGCAAGCCGUUCAAAGCUAAACCCCGUCCCCAGCGUGUGCUCCUUGAAAGACUAUACGGCGAAGGCUUCAAUGGACCACGGUCUUGUUUUAUAUCGGGAUGUGGUGUGCAAGGAGGGGUGAAAAGAAGCAUUGGGAGGCUUAGGCACCGGGUGGGGUCUUAGCUGGCCAGGCGAUAAAGUCAUGCGCGAUGGAGAGACCCUUCCGAGGAUGCACGGCUUCAUUUCAUUUGGCUUUUAAUUUCUAUGCCGCCUUUCUAUGUUGCUAUAAGCAAGGCGAUUUGCAGCAAAAAAAAUACGCAGCAAGGAACACGCGCCUUAUAAUGAUCAGAUCCAGGUCAAAAAUUCAUACUAAAACGUAACUUUAAAAUGGAGCCACUUAUAUCAAGUAAAGUAAUAUUCAGCAAUCUAUUAGAAUAGUACACAACAGAAUUAACUCUCAAAACAUCAGCAAAUAAAAAUUAAACAGUUGUUCAUUCUUAACAUGCUUGAUUCCAAGCAUGGUGGUUAUCACUUGGAGGCCCCAGUGGGGCAGCCAUGUCUUGUCUUGCACUGCAGAAAUAUCUUACGGCUCCUUUAAAGGCCAACAAGUUUAACACAGGAUGUGCUUUUGUUGCAUCUGCUGUGUUAUUACUCAAUAGGAAGUACAACUGAGCGUAAUAGAACUUCCUGGUAUGUGUGCUUAGACUUAGGUAUUAGGAGCCUUGACUUGGGGGGGGGGUCCCAAAGUGAUAAAGUAUUCAUAGGCACAGGGCUAGGAAAGGAGAGAGAUUUAGGGAGGGUCAGAAAUUAGGGGCUGCCCCUGGUAAAUUAGGACAGUUGUCAUGCAUAUUGAAAAGAGAUGUCUGCAGAAAGGGUUAGGUUUUGUGACUCAGCCUUGGCCAGCAUAAGAAAUCUCACAUUCUACAAAGGAGCCUUAUGCUGAGUCAGACUUUUGGUUUCUUUCUAUUCCUGUAUCAUUUUAUCGGACAACUUCCAAAAGUAGCAGAGUCUUGUGGCAACUUUAGAGACUAACAUGCAUUCUUACGCCACAAGGAAUCUGAUGGUGCCAGUAAACGCUUUGUUGUUUGAGUUUCUUGGCUUAAAAAAAUCGUUCUGGCUGUCUUUCAGAGCAAGAACCCUCCCAAGACAGCUUGCAAUAUUACAGACACCAAAGGAUAAAAUGAAAGAAAAAUGGCUGGCCGGCUGAAAACUAAAAUAAAAACCUUACAAAGCAAUGUGUGAUCUGAAGCAAAGGCCAGUGAGAGCAGAUGGGCAGUGUUAGAAACUGAGAUAUGAAGGCUAGGAGCUAAAUGUCACCUUAAACCUCGGCUAUGGACGCAACAACGGAAUGUCUAGGUGCACUUUUUUAUAACAAGAACACAAAGCUGAAAAUGAAUGAACUGCUGCUAAAAUAAUUCAUUUUUCACAUGGUCUAGCCUUCCCCCUGCCCACCCCCCUCCUAAUAUUCUUAAGAGGGUCUCUUCUCCAGUCUUCAGAGAGUAGCUGGAAGUGGGGAGGCAGAAAAAGGUCCUCCUUUCCUUCCAAUCUGCAGUUUAUAUCUGAAAUCUCAGGCGCAGUACUGUGCCCAGAGCUCAGAAACUGCUUGAACUAAUGAAAUUCCCUGUCGCAAAAUGUGCCUAGAACAAUGGGAGUUUAGAACACUGCAGGUGGGUUUUGGGCUCUCGGCAAUGCAUUCCAGAGAGGUGGAGCCAGUGGGAAAUUUUAGGCUCUGGACUUAAUGGUCCUCAUGUGCACCAAAACAGUUUGUACUAUUUUGCUUCCUUUAAAAGCCCUCCUGUGUUUGAGGUCCCUCCCUCCUUUGGCCGAACCCAAAGACUUGUCCUGACAGCACCACUAGCUGUUGCUGCUCAAGAGCCUUUCAGCUGGAGAUGCCAGAGACUCUGCCUGGAACCGCAGACAUACAAAGUGUUCUCUGUCUGUGCAUUCUGGCCCCUUCCCUUCCUCAAACUCCUGGGAAGGGAUUGAGGAUGUUUCCUAAUGCAGCUGAUAGCAUCUCUCCUCUGUACCAGGGAGGAGAUCCUUUUCAGGCUGCAGGUGCGAGGAAUUGAACCAGUGACCUUCCCCUUUAAGAUUCCCCCCACCCCUCUCUGGAGCAUGGACUUGUCUGGGAAUUUAACCCAAGAUGUACUCGCAAAAAGUGAGAAUCCCACUCCAGACCAGCAAACAUGAACUGUCAGGCAGAGCCCACUUGCCACACUUCAGAAGCAGGGAGGAGGAAGAGUGUGCAGCCCGAAAACUUUUGGUGUGGGUGGGGCAAUAGAUAUGUCUCUCUACUUAGUACAGUGGGCUAUUCCUCAGCCACAUAUGACCCAGAAGUUUCUGGUGCACACAAACCUUUCAGUUCAAGCAAGCACUAGGCAUUGUCUGAAAUGCAUUGCAUUUGGGGAGAGUUCAGAGCACUGCUGGGGUUGGGUGCAGCCUGGGGGUGGUGGAAUCAAAUUGCAAGGUUGAGACCUUUGCUUAUGCCUUGAGGGGAGAGAGAGAGAGAAGGACUGCUGGUCAGAAAAGACAAUACCUGUCUAGGCAGACAAAUAUUCUAUUUAUUUAUUUAUUGAAUUUACGCACCACCUUUUUCUCCCAAGGAUGUGGUUCUACCCCUCCUACUUGAAUGGAUCAUAACCUGAGGAGGAUCCCAAUAAAACUAGCAGUACAGUUCCAUGGGUGGCUCCUUACAUAUACCGUAUUUUUUGCUCCAUAGGGCGCACCGGACCAUAGGGCACACCCAGUUUUUAGGGGGGGAAAUCAAGAAAAAAAAUCUUAUCCCCCCCCCCCAGCCCCAAGAGCAGUGUACAGGAUGUGCGCAACCUCUCCCUGCCGGAGGCACAAGCCAAGGCAUCCAGCGGGAUGGAUCCCGCUCACUGUUUUGGCUUCGUCUUUAGCCCCACGCAACCUCUCCCUACCGGGAGAAGCUGCGCGGGACUAAAGAAGCCAUAGCCCCGUGCAGCUUCUCCCUGCCGGAGGGGUUGCGCGCGGCUAUCCCUGAAGCCUGGAGAGUGAGGGGUCGGUGCGCACCGACGCCUCUCGCUCUCCAAGCUUCAGUGAAAGCAACGCGAAGCUUUUGGAGCACGAAGGGAGUGCUACCUCUGCACUUCGGAGGCUUAGCGUUGCUAUCGCUGAAGCCAAGGAGCCUGAAUUCGCUCCAUAGGAUGCACACACAUUUCCCCUCAAUUUUUGGAGGGGAAAAAGUGCGUCCUAUAGAGCGAAAAAUACGGUAAGCCUUGCUGCAGACAGUCUAACUCCCCGCAGGUAUUGGACUCUUGCAUAUUGAGGCUGAUAUCAGAACAGGAAGGGGGCUCCACUCUGCAGCCGUUCCAUGAUGCAGCCUGUUUUGAUCACCAGGUGUAUUUUGAUCUGCGGAUCGGGGAUGAAGACGUGGGGCGAGUGGUCAUCGGCCUUUUUGGAAAGACAGUUCCGAAGACGGUUGAGAAUUUUGUCGCCUUGUCCACAGGAGAGGUGAGUUCGAACGCUGCGUCAGAGUCCCCAGUAGGUCAGUCUGCUUACAAGGGCGCAGAAGGAAGGCUGGCAUUUGGGGUGGCUGCAAGGACUGUGGGGCAUGCUUCCAGAGGCCCACACAACAGGAAGGCCCCCCCAAACGCAGGAGGGCUGGCUUACCCCACUUUGAAUAAGUGAAAUAAUUAUAUUGCUCAUCUAAAGAGCCUUGGUGUGGAGAGGGCCUGGAAACUAUUAAGGCCAAAGUCUGGGUGCUACAGCCUUUUCCUUUUGCAGGCCCUUGGGAGAAGGAAUCCUGACUGGGUGCAUGUCAGAAUUUGCCUCCAGUGCACUCCAUUCACUGCUGCUGCUGGCCGAAUUGCACAAAUAUUUGGAAACUGAGUGAAGAUCUGCUGGAGAGGGAAUGUUCUUCUCUAAGCUAAGCACAGAGAAAGAUGAGGUGCUGCCAUGAUUCAGCUGCCCUCUCACUGCUGCUUUUAACUUUCAAAAUAUGACCGUCAAGUUACCGUAUAUUUCGCCCUAUAGGACGCACUUUUUCCCUCCAAAAAUGAAGGGGAAAUGUGUGUGCGUCCUAUGGGGACCCCUCUCGCUCUCCAGGCUUCAGGAAGCUAUCCGCAAGCCUUGUGAGCCCGGUGGGAGUGCCCGCCGGGCUCUCCAGGCUUGCGGGCAGCAGCCUGUAGCCUGAAGCACGGGCGCGUUCCAGAGCGCGCCCCAUGCUUCGCGCAGAUGUCCGCAAGCCUUGCGAGCCCAGUGGGAGUUCCCGCGGGCUCGCAAGGCUUGCGGACAGCAGCCUGUUCUCGGGGCUGGGGUCGGGGGAAGCUUGGGCUUCCCCAGCCCCGCGGCUGGGGGGGGAAUAUAUAUAUAUUUUUUAUUUCCCCCAAAAAACCCGAGGUGCGCCCUAUGGGCCAGUGCGCCUUAUAGGGUGAAAAAUACGGUACUUAUGUGAAUUCCCAUAUGCUUCUGCACUGGAUCAGGUGUUGUGAAUCCAGAUGUUUCAUUGGGCCGCUGGGCUUCCACUAGGGAAGGGUGGCACGUUGGGGCAGUCGUUCUCCCCCUGCUCAAAAAAAUAUCUGGAUGUACCAUCACCCCAGAUUCCCAGCUUUCAUUUAUAUAUUUUAGAAGUUUCCAGCAUUUGUGUUGCCUUUGAAAUGCAACAAAAUAGGAACCGUUCUUAUUUUCUUCCUGAGAAACUAGCCCACUCUCCUCUUUCAGUGUUUCAAUUUGUCCCCGCCCAGGGGGGGAAAACCCAACCCUGCUGAUCCCCAUUAUGGGGCCCUUUUAGUAGUUGGAACCACAAGGGAUUGCUAGUGAUUUGCAAGAGCUGAGCCCAUUAAGAAGUUUAUUGCUCAGGUAAUGGGCUAACCCGCUGGAGGCUAAAGCCCUGAGCAUCUGGACUCCCAUUAGGGUUUGCAGGCAGUGGGGGGGGGGGGUGGAGGAGAAACUGCUGAGGCCUCACUUGCAUUGCAGCAGCAAAGUAUUCUGCUUUCCCCAGUAUCUUGGUCCCUUUUCCACCAGUCGUGACUCUCUUCCCACCCACAGAUGGGAGAGGUUACAGCUGAUGCUCUGAAACUGUCUGGUUCUGGAUUGCUCAGGAAAGGACUUUAAACCAAGCCUUUCCCAGAGUGGUGCUGCAAACUCUCCCCACUCUUACCAAACUCCCUUUCUUUUCAGAAAGGGUUUGGCUACAAAGGCAGCAAGUUUCACCGUGUGAUCAAGGACUUCAUGAUCCAGGGAGGAGACUUCACCCGGGGAGAUGGAACAGGAGGUGAGGGCUGAGUCAAUUCUGUCUCUUCUGGAUGGGGUUGGACAGGGAUCCUCCUCUGGCCAGCGGUAACCCUCAAAAAACAAAGCUGGGCGCUGGAAGACGGUGUUAUUCUCUCCCUUUCGCUAACUGCCAGGUAAAAGCAUCUACGGGGACCGUUUCCCUGAUGAGAACUUCAAGCUGAAGCACUAUGGGCCCGGCUGGGUGAGCAUGGCCAACGCCGGCAAGGACACCAACGGCUCUCAGUUCUUCAUCACCACCGUCAAGACGUCAUGGCUGGAUGGCAAGCAUGUUGUCUUCGGCAAAGUCCUGGAAGGGAUGGUGAGCGGAAUUUUGUGUGUGUGUGUUGUGCAUAGCGUCAUCGGGGCCCUUACUUGGGUUUCUAAUGCAGUUGUUGGUUCCAAAUAAUGGGAACUUGACCGCGGACAAGGACCAAGCAAAUGGAGCAUGUUAAAAUUUCACUGCCUCCUAGAUUGUUGUCAUGGCAGUUCAUGGACCUAAGGAGGCUCUUCUCCAGAUCCUGCUGCUGUAGGAAGGGCAGGGGGGCUUUUUCUGGGGUGGUGCCCAAUUUUGGAGUCCCUCAACAAUAGUUUUGCUUGGUGCUGACAGGUGCUUUGUCUCUUUUGACAUCGGGCACAAAUCUGUGCAGCUUCCUGGGCUUUUUAGAUCUCUGUGGUGGACUUGAAUUUUUAUCUGGUAAUGCCAAUUCUGACAUUUGAACUGCAGGGGUGGAGAACCGAGGGCCCUCCCAGUGAAGAGGGACCACAACUUCCAUCACCCCUGACCAUCCGCUAUGCUGCCUGGAGCUGAUGGAAGCUGGGAGUUUGACAACGUCUUGCCUCCCUCUGUGUAUGGGAAACAGCUCUGCGCACCUAGUGAUUGGCAUAACUAGUGCCUAAGAGUGAAUAUAUAAAGAGCUUACUACAGGAACCCCAUACAGUUGUACAUUGGUUGUUGAACGCCCUGGAAUUUGGAUGUUUUGGCUCGCGAACAAUUGAAACCCGGAAAUGACUGUUCAGGUUUUUGAAUGUUCUUUUGGAAGCCAAAUGUCUGACGGGGUUCCGAUUGGCUGCAGGAGCUUCCUGCAGCCAAUCAGAAGCCGCGAUUUGGAAGUCGAACGGAUUUCCGGAAUGGAUUCUGUUCGACUUCCAAGGUAUGACUGUAUUGCCAUUCUCCAGGCUGCAUUACAGGGCAAAAUGGGGCAGCUAGAAAUGCCCAUGCAAUGGGCAUUGCCAAGUGCCCUCCACGGGUAUAACGUGUCAUCAGUGCUAGAAACUCAGAUAUAUAAGCAAAUUGCCAAAUGGCACCUUAAACCUAGCUUAUAGUCACCACAAUGGAAUGUCUAGGCACCUUUUAAAAAAACCAACGAGAUUUAUCAUUAUGACUAUUUAAUUUCUCUAUAUUUUAAAGGGAAAAAAAUCUCAAGGCAGUUUGCAACACAUUAAAAUGGGAGGUUGCGGACUCUCCUUCCUUGGAGGUUUUUAAGCAGAGGUUGGGUGGCCAUCUGUCAUGGAUGCUUUAGCCGAGAUUCCUGCAUUGCAGGGGGUUGGACUAGAUGGCCCUCGGGUCCCUUCCAACUCUAUAUGAAAACACCAAAUAAAACAAUCUAGAAUAAAAUAAAUUUAGGCUUCGAGGAAAGUAUUUCAGAACCUUCUCUCAGUGACAUUUUGCUUUCCCCGUUUUUAUUUACCUACUUAAUUUAUGUAGCUGCCCCAUAGCAGAAGAACUGUAGGAAGCCAUUGUGGUGUAGUGGCUAGAGUGUCGGACUAGGACGUGGGAGAUCAGGGUUCAAAUGCUCACUGGGGGACCUUGGGACAGUCACAGCCUCUUAACCUACCUCACAGGGUUGUUGUAGAGAUUAACCAGGGGAGGGGUGAACCAUGUACUUCUUGGAAGAAAAGGUGGGAUUUAAAUGCAAUGAAUAAGCUCUUAUGCUUACCUGCUUAAGAAAGCUGGAGGGGCCAGCCAGGUGGAGAUGUCAGUCAGGAACCUGGCAUCCAGAGAUCUCCAUGUGGCUGCAGUUGGACCCACACCAGAAGCAAAAUGCCCCCUGGCUAACUUCCAACAUUCCUCCCUUCUUAUUCCUGCUUCCCUUUCUUAGGAUGUAGUGAGAAAAGUGGAGAACACAAAGACCGAUAGUCGGGACAAACCUCUCAAAGAUGUCACCAUUGCCGACUGCAACGUCAUCGAGGUGGAGAAGCCAUUUGCCAUUGCCAAAGAAUAACCGGGUGGCCGAUGGAGGGUCAGACUCUGGCUUGCAAAGGGCUGCGAGGGGGCUACACACUCACGGAGGCCUCGCAUCAUCACUGUCCCACAGCAGGUGAACUGCCGCCACUGCUGCUCCCUUUCUGCCCACGCUUCCCCCAGCUACACGCUUCGGGGUGGGGGGUGGGGACUCCAUUCUGUUAACAACUCAUUCCAUCAGCCGCUGGUCACCCAAGUGGCUAUGGGGGGGGCAAUGGGUGUCCCAUUCCGUUUUGUAAGAAAGCACAUGGACCAAUAAACGCGACCAUUGUGUUUUUGUAGCACUGCCUGGUUGUUGUUUUUAUUAGCUACAGCUAGGUCCUCCCACCCCAACUAUGAAUUCCCAGCAUUUAUUUAGAGGGGUAUUCUAGGGAGCGAAUGUCACAAAUUUACUACUUCCCCAAGGAAAGUUCUCUUUGUUAGCCAUUGCCAAAUUCGUUCAGAAAGCUCUUUGCUCCCCUGCUUGGAACACAACGGCAAGUGGCUGUUCAAUCCUAGCAUCCCAUGAAAGGUGGGUAUGUUUAUAAAGGGGCUUAUUCCAAGCCAUCGCAAACACAAACUGAGCAGGAAGAUCAAAGCCUCUCUUGCAACUAAACCAUGAUUUGGCUCAGCUCCACCACCCCCAAGCACUAGCAUACUGAUUCACUGUAAGAGUAAACCAUGGUUUAAGAAGCACUGGCCACAAACCAGCCCACUGGCAAUGUCAGAAACUGUCUUCUUCUCCCCUCCACCCCCUCAAAACCAACUCAAUAUUUGUAGUGGAAGUGUUUUUAUUGCAUAGCCAUUUUUGUUAAAGUAGACCAUCUACCCCAUUGAAAAAGCAGUAAUCUGCAGCAGGAAUAACCCCAAACUAUCGGGAUAGCUUAGAGGAGCUGCUGGUCUCCCGCCACGCUGUAGAAAAACCCGGACUCCUCUGGGAGGGCUCUGCUACCUGUGUCCCAUCAAUGCAGCUUUCCCCAAGCUGGUACACACUGGGUGUUGUUAGACCACAGCUGGUUGGGGCUGUUGGCAGCUGGAUGGCACCACGUUGGCUACACCUGAAUUAAGGUGCCAACUGGACCAGAUCCAUGCCAAGUUGGCAGUGGUUUCUUGCCGCUGCGGUGAGGGAGCAGUUGCUGCCUCCCUUUGGACUAGACAGAAGGCUGGGAGACUAUCAAUGUGGCGUCACUGUGCGCACAAACACUAGAAGCAUCUUGCAUUGUCAGCACCUGACCUGAGUCAGUACCUGCCCCCAGCUGCUGUUGUGCUGCUCUUGCUUCCAGCCCAUGAAGCUUGGAGGAAGGCAUGCGUACCUCCCUGACUCACAGCUGCUUCUCACUCACAUGGGCUAACAAGAGCUGUCACCUGGAAACACCUGAGAGCCACAGCUCUGCCAGAAGUGGCAACAAGCCCUGCCCGUGUUAGCUGCACUCUACUGGAGCUCAGCAGCCUAACAAAGCAACCUACUGCAUUUACUUCCCACUGCUUGCCUCAAGAAGUGGCUCCCCCAACCUCUUUCUUGUCCCCAACCUCUUUCUUUCCAACGUACGACGCAAGGAGGAAGCCGGCGGUUGCUUUUCCACAAACGAACAGAGCUGCACUUGAUCCUCUGAGCGUUCCCUAGGCCGGUUGCAAAGGAGAGGAUGUCAAGUCGGUGGGUGGCAGAGCCGCAAAGAGCUUUGACUGCAGGCAGAAGGUCGUCCGGGGUGCAUAGAAACCCUGCAGGACUCCGCUCAGGAUCACGUCGGGAAGCAAGUCUGAGAGGGAGAGGAGGGAAUUAACGGUGGCAACCCAUUCAAUUAACCCUUAAAAGGUGGGAGCAGAAAGCAGCCCCCGAGGCCUCUUCCUGUCUUCCCUUUCUGGUCUAGGAAGCUAAGCCCCCUGAGAUGGGCCGACGGACAAUGCCGCCCCCAGCAGAGGGCAAAGGGGCAUCUUCAACCUGGCAUUCAGAUGAGAUCUAGCACACGGUUCAGUUCCAGAGCACAAAAGUGGCUCAUGUUAGGACUCUGCGAUCCUGUGUUUCGUCUUUUCAGCAUCCACCGCUUCCUCCUGUAGCAGGAGACGCUGCUUAACUACCCCAAACCUGAGUGUUUGGGCAUCUCUAACACUGCAAUAAGGGGACACGGGUGGCGCUGUGGGUUAAACCACAGAGCCUAGGACUUGCCAAUCAGAAGGUCGGCAGUUCAAAUCCCCAUGAUGGGGUGAGCUCCCGUUGCUCGGUCCCUGCUCCUGCCAACCUAGCAGUUUGAAAGCACGUCAAAGAGCAAGUAGAUAAAUAGGUACUGCUCCGGCGGGAAGGUAAAUGGCGUUUUCGUGCACUGCUCUGGUUCGCCAGAAGCGGCUUAGUCAUGCCGGCUGCAUGACCCGGAAGGUGUACGCCAGCUCCCUUGGCCAAUAAAGCGAGAUGAGCGCCGCAACCCCAAAGUUGGUCACGACUGGACCUAAUGGUCAGGGGUCCCUUUACCUUUAACACUGCAAUGGUUUUUGCACAGGUGCCUUUCAGCAAAACAAGAACUGCUUUCCAUCCGCUCCCCCAAUCCUGCCAGUCCAGGAUGGCAGGUGAGGGACCUCUGGCUCUCUUGUCACCCAUAUUGAAAACUACAUGACAAAUUGUUUCUGUAUCGGGUAAAGUGUCGACAUGCACCCCAGACCCUUGCUUGAUAACAGACCUUAACCAGCCCAGAGCUCUGCUCCCCUCCAUCACCACCCCAAAAACCUUACUAGGAAGCCGUUACCUGUGGAAACCGGGAGGAUGUAUGGAUCACUUUGGAAACUUAUGACCGGCCGGUGGGACAGCAGGUAACCCGGGCUGCAAAGAGAGAAUUGAGCCCUGACAUUUGGGUUAGAAUCAAUUUCAGCUCCUAGCCUACUUCGCAAGGUGGUUGUGAGAAUAAAAUGCAUGUGCGGAAGGGAGGAGCAACAUGCGCCACCCUGAACUUGAAGGAGGGAGAGGAAAGCUAAAAAUGCAAUAAACAGGAGAUCUUCUCCCCGCACUGGAAUAAUCAGUGUAGGCAAUGGACCAGUGGCCUAACGCUGUAUCAGGCAGAUGCUGCUGCUCUGAACAAGGGAUCAUAGGAAGUUGCCUUAGUAAUGCCUACCAGCAGCCUCUCUCCAGGCCAACCCUACCUGGGGAUUGAGCCUGAGACCAUCUGUACACAAAGCAGUUGCUCUACCACUAUGCUGCAGUGCCGGAAGAGCACUGUGUCUCUGCAAAAGGAACAGGCGCUUGCAACUUGGCCAGCAAGAGCACAAAGCAGACCCUUUUGAGAGCAUUCCCUGCCGCUUGUAGCAGCAAGCAAGCCACAGGGAGUGCCCAUUCCCCUGGAGCGAGAAAAUAAAUGCCAGCCUCCAUGGCUGGAUGAGCACAUUUAUCCCCUGGGGAGUAAGCAGACAAAGGCUGGACCCUUCUGUUGUUGGGACUGUUUUGACUCCCUCCCACUGGUGGAAACAGAGCACUGGGGCAGUGAAGCACUUGCCUUGUGUCCUGCGAGGAAAAGUCGCCCCGGGAAGAACAUUGGGUGCGGCAGGACAGGCUGUUCACAAACAGUGGUGGUAACAAAGGCAGCCUUUCCAUACAAAAGCUGGUGUGUGGAAACGGGUGGCUCUGGGAGCUUAUAAGGCAGGGCUGGGGAACCUGUGGCUCUCCAAAUAUUGCAGGACUCCCAUCAUCCCAGACCAUGCUGGCUGAUGGCAGCUGGAACCAACACAACCCUAAUCUACCCCAGGUUCUACAGUGGUACCUUGGUUUACAAACUUAAUCCAUUCUGUAAGUCCGUUCUUCAACCAAAGCGUUCUUAAACCAAGGUGUGCUUUCCCAUAGCAGCGGGGGCUCAAUUUACAAAUGGAACACACUCAACAGGAAGCGAAACAUGUUCUGCUUCUGAGGCAAAGUUCACAAACCAAAACACUUCCGGGUUUGGAGCGUUCUUAAUCCAAGUUGUUCAUAAACUAAGCUGUUCUUAAACCAAGGUACCACUGUACUUGAGAUUCAAACUGCACCUACAUCAUGCACUUCAAGCAUACCUAGAGCGCUCUGACAGUCAUGACCUCACUUGGUAGAGCACGCGGCUCAUGAUCUCAGGGUUGUGGGUUCGAGCUCCACGUUGGGCAAAAUAUUCCUGCAUUGCAGGGGGUUGGACUAGAUGACCCCCGUGGUCCCUUCCAACUCUACAAUUCUAUGGUAAAACAAACUGUUGUUUGUUAAGGGUGCUGAGAAUUGUUAGGACACACCCACCCAACAAUUUCCCUCACUGAUCUACAAAUCUCACAAGUGGUUUAACAAUCAAUCCCUCUUCCCUGGAGAUCUCUGGGAAUUUUAGCUUUGCGAGGAGAAAUGAGAGUCCCCUGAUAACUCUCCGUGCCCUUAACAAACUACAGUUCUCAAGAUUCUUUGACUGUCAAGGUGGAAUACAAGUGCUUUAAAUGUGCAGUGCAGAUGUGGCCUUAGCUGUCAAUUGCCCAGGCCCCAAAAAAGUCUGUAAAUCAACACAAGGGCAGUGUGUGUGAGUUGGCGUUUUGACUGCAGCUCCUUCGGGAGGAAAGCGCCUGGACAAUGUCAAAAAGAGACCAGCUACCCAUCCCUCUCUAACAAGAGUUUACCUGCCACGCUGGAUUUUGCAGGGAAAGGGAUGUUUGAGAAAAGCACAGUACGUAUAACUUAGAAUGAAGAAAGAAAAUCAGGGCAUUAUAUUUUGCAUUGCAUCAGAUUCUGUUAUUGUGAGAUACCCCGCGCUUUUUGUAAAGAAGAAAGUAGAGUAGUCCUGGAAGAAUCACAAAACUACAGUCAGUCUCAAACUACUAUGCUGCUGUCGAGUUCUAACAGGUAUAGGGAGCCUUCAGCCCUCCAGGUGUUAAUGAACCACAAUUCCUACUCCCCCUUGCCCCUGGGCACACUUGCUGUAGCCAGUGGCAUAGCAUGGGGCGGCAGAGGGGUUGUUGCACAAACUUUUUUUGGGGGGGAUGCAAAAUUUCAAAAGAAAAACUGCUUGGAGGGUGUGUUUUGUUUUGUUUUAAAUCAAGCCAUGUAAAUUUUUCAUUAAAUAAAAAAUAAAAUAAGUGACCGCUGGC